AUGGACGGCGCCAAUAUCAACCAAAUCAGGCCUAUUUUCAGCCUCGGUCAGCAUGAUUCCAACAGAGAUCAGCCCCUAGAUGACCUCCAGUAUGGCCAGAUCCUGAACACCGGUGUCAACUUCGUGACAGCACCCAUCACCAACAAGCACUUCCAUGCUCGUGUCAAGGACCUCGUCUCUCAACACCUCGCAAAGGCAAAGCAAAAUGCCGGUUCUUUGGCAGAUGCCGUUGUUCCCCCUUUGACCCCCAAGGACACCUCUCUCUUCCCCAGCCAUGCAGUCACCACUUACAUCGCUUACGCCAGCCCCUGGAUCGAUUUGGCCUCGACCGACCCUGUCGUCGCCAGCGUCUCAAGGCAGGUCCUCAACCUCGAAAUUGCCUAUGCCAAUUUCUGCGGCGUCCGAAGCAUCGUCGUUCCCGGCCCCAGGAGAGACGCAUCCAAGAAUGGAGGAAAUCAGGGCAUCGCCCAGUACGGCCGAGCUGUCCAGGAGGCCAUGACCAUUGCCUCGCGCCUCAACUUCAUCAUCCACAUUCCCAUGUACCGCGAGCCUGGUCUGGAGGAGACGGCCGAGCUGCUCUCCACCCUGUCUGAGCUGCCUCACCCUGAGGAGAGCAGGGAGAUUGACAUCUACAGCACCUGGGACUCUUGGCAUUCCGUCCGCACCAUGUGUGAAUACAGCAUGCGUCUCUACGUCGCCAUCCGUAUUCCUAGAGCCCUGCCUGAGAAGGCGCUCCAGGACAGGUGGUUUGCCGAGCCCCUGCACUUCCUGUCUCUUGGCGGAAACACCUUCCAGAAGAACAAGACCGGCCACCCUGCCCUGCCCAGAGCCCACCAGGACAUGAUUUUCAACUACAUGCGCCUGAAGAACUCCCCCUGGCUUCUGCUCAGCGACGUUGGCCCGGACCCUGCCUCCUUGACCGCCGAAGCCCAGCUCCAGGCCGUCAGCCUGACGAACCAGGCCCUCCCUACUGCCGCCGACUUCCCUGCUCUGGGCGACUCGUCGGCCCAGCUGACGAAAGACUCGCUCAAGUCUUUCCGCGCUUACGCCGCCUACCUCAAGUGGCUCGAGACGCAGCAGCGACCGCUGUCGUACCUGGAACAGACGACGCUCACGAGCUUCCAAGACUGGCUUCAGUCGCCCCUGCAGCCCUUGUCCGACAACCUCGAGUCGGCCACGUAUGAGGUCUUUGAGGGAGACCCGGUCAAGUACAACCAGUACGAGGCCGCCUGCACCGAGGCGCUGGCCGAGUGGCGCCAGCUGGGCCGGGCCACCUCUUCGCAGAACGGCGCCGUUGUCAUCGCCGUUGUCGGCUCUGGCCGUGGACCACUCGUAACGAGGGCCCUCAAGGCCAGCGAGGCGACGGGCGUACCCGUCCAGGUCUGGGCCGUCGAGAAGAACCCCAACGCUUACGUCUACCUCCUGAGACAGAACGAAAUGAUCUGGGGCGGCAAGGUCACGGUCGUCAAGACGGACAUGCGUUCGUGGAAGGGUCCUCUCAUCUCCGGCACGCCCGACAACAACCCCGUCUACGGCAAGGUCGACAUCCUCGUGUCGGAGCUCCUCGGCUCCUUUGCCGACAACGAGCUAUCCCCCGAGUGCCUGGACGGCGUCCAGCACGUCCUGGCCCCCGGCGGAAUCUCCAUCCCAGAGUCGUACACGGCGCACCUGAGCCCCAUUGCGACGCCGCGCAUCCACGCCGACCUCCUCACCAGGGUGCCGACGGAGCCCAACGCCUUCGACACCCCCUGGGUUGUGCGUCUCUUCGCCCUCGACUUCGCCGCCGUCCGCGUGCCCGACCACCCCCGCUUCCAGCAGACGUGGGAGUUCUCCCACCCCGUGCCCGAGGCUACGCUGAAGCAGAUCGAGACGAGGCGCGCCGGCGGCGUCAUGGGCGGCGGAGGCGGAAGCAUGGCCGGUGCCGUCGGUGCCAACGACCACAACUCGCGCUUCGCCCAUCUCACCUUCGUCUGCCGCACGAGGGGUGUCAUCCACGGCUUGGCCGGCUACUUCGAGUCGGUCCUCUACGCGCCACAGACCGGCAACAAGGAAAAGGUGGAGAUCAGCACGCACCCCGAGUUGAUCGACCGCAAGAGCAAGGACAUGAUUUCGUGGUUCCCCAUCUUUUUCCCCAUCAAGCAACCCAUCUACUACCCCGCCGACACGGAGCUGGAGGUCACGAUGUGGCGACAGACGGACGAUUCGCGGGUGUGGUACGAGUGGCUUAUCGAAGCGUACACAUGGGUUAGCGAGACACAGCGCAUCAAGGUGGCGUCAUCGGAUCUCUGCAGUAGUCGCAAGGUUGCUUGUCUUAUGUAA